ACUAGUGCAGCCAGUUCAGCUAAAAAGAACAGACUUCUUGUAUCGAUUAGAAUGUUGCUUUAAAAAUUUCUAUGAUUAUAAAUAAAAUGCUUUAUAAUAAUUUAUUGUUGUAAAGCUGCAAUUGACAAUGCAGGAAUGCAUUCCGUGUUACUGAUUACAUGCAGCGUGAGAUUGUGAUAACUUGUAAACGACUCAUAUUCUUCACCUAACCUAAAAUUUUCUCGUAGACAGCAUAUGAAUUUUCACUUGUCUAUAACAAAAUAUAUUAAAACGUGAAGCUUAUUAAAUAUAAAUUAUCGAGUUAAUCACCGAAACAAUGAAUUCGAAAGUGUGUAAGAAGAACGUUCUGCAAGCUGUCAUCCUUGCGGAUGAUUUUACAACAAGCUUAACUCCGUCGCAAAAUAUAUUUCCGAGUAUUCUGAUGCCGGUGAUAAAUAUACCGCUUUUCGACUACAUAAUGGAAACGCUGAUAAAAUCCGGAAUACAAGAAGUAUUCCUUUACUGUAGCAGUCACGUAGACCUACUAAAAAAAUAUGUGAAGGAUAGGAAUUACAGAGAUACUACAAUAUCUCUGAUCAUUUCCGAUGGCUGCAGAUCUCUCGGAGAUGCUUUACGAGAUAUCGACACAAAAGGCUGGAUCAGAGGAUAUUUCAUAUUGAUACGUGGAAAUGCAUUCAUCAAUACAGAUCUUAAAAUUCUACUCAAUGCUCAUCGUUUGAAAGCUGAGAAAGAUAAAGGGACAGCUAUGACCAUGGUAUUGCGGAAUUUUGGUUCAACAAAGAAUUCUCAUCUUAAUGAAGAAACAUCUCUGGUCGUAUCAGAAAAAAACAGUAAUAAAAUCCUGCAUUACACAAAACUGAAGAACAGUGAGAAAAAAGUGAAGCUGGAACUAAACUGGUUCCUUGAUCACAAUGAAAUAGAAAUCAACACAUGCUAUUUGGAUACUCAUAUUUAUCUGUGCUCACCAUCUGUUUUACCACUCUUUGCUGAUAAUUUUGAUUUUCAGACGAUGCAUGAUUUUAUUCGAGGUGUAUUGAUGAACGAAGAGAUUUUAGAUGCAAGAAUUUAUUGGCAUCAAUUGAAUGUGGAAGAUUAUGCUUUGCCAAUUACAUCGUGGAAAGCUUACCAUACACUUACUCGGGAUAUUUUACACAGGCAUAGUUUUCCUCUCGCACCGGAUGCUUUCCAUUCCUUAAAAAAUUUUAUAUGCAUGUCACGAAGCAUGUAUAAACACAAAACUGCAACUCUUGCUAAAGGUUGUAUAUUGGAAAAAGACUGUAUUCUUGGACACAACAGUACGUUAGGAAAUAAUACUACAGUUACAAGAUCUGUGAUUGGUGAUGAUUGCAUAGUAGCUAGUAACGUUAAGAUACGUGAUUCUUAUAUUUUUUCAAACGUUAGAAUCAGAGAUAAUUGCAUCAUUAGGAAUAGUAUCUUAUUUCCGAAUUGCCAUAUCAGAUACGGUAGCCAAAUAGACGGAUGUAUAUUGUAUCCUGGAGUUGAUAUUUCAUCUCGCAGUAUACAUAUCGAUAACAUUGUAGAAUCUACAUCUAAUGUACUUAAGACUAAAAAAAUGUCUGAUCCCGAGAUUAGCGAGGAAUUUUUGUAUUUUAAGAACAACGAAGUAACUGAAUGCAAUGAUUGUUCUACCGAGUCGUCAAGUAGCGAAGAGAAUUCAGAGCGCGAUUCCCCGGUCCCGGACGAUACGAAUAUGUUUCUGUCCGAAGUUAUAGAUAGUUUGUUACGCGGUUACCAGGACAAACUCAAAUGUGAGAACCUAAUUCUCGAAAUAAACUCUUCGAGAUAUGCGUAUAAUGUCACCAUUCGCGAGGUCACAUACAACGUCAUUAAAGCAAUCCUCAGUUUGCCGCUGCACUAUCUUUCAGAAACAAAAACUUCCGUUAACAAUCAGAACUAUCAAAAAAACUUGAAAGUUAUGAUAACUUAUUUCAAUACUAUUAUUUUGAAUUAUAUUAAAAACGAAGACGCGCAGGAUGACUGUUUACGUGCUAUAGAGGACGUUGCCUACACGACUGACGAGCUGUUGCCAUAUACACAACACCUGUUGCAUCAGUUUUACGAUCGCGAUAUAUUGUCGGAAGAGAAAAUUCUAGAGUGGUAUGAGACCACUAAUGAAGACACGGAUGUGCUUCAUAGUAAAGUUAGAAACGCCGUUCAGCCUUUCAUUAAAUGGUUGCGAGAGGCGGAAGAAGAUUCUACCGAAAGCGAUGAUGAUUAAAUUAGUAGUUUGCAAGGAUGCUCUUGUGCCUGUAAAAUAUUGUAAAUGCAAAUACAAGGAAACUAUAGUCUGUCCAGCGAGAGAAAACCCACGAAUCGGACAAAAACUCGUCCGUUCGGCGCAAGUUUUCCCGAAGCGCUUAAAACUAUCACUCCACAGGACUCUACUGCUCGUGCAGCUUGCUAAUGCCAAGGCUCUCCCCACUUUGCCCGCUAUGCUUCUAUCCGCAGACCAUGGGUAUUCUCUUGCUGGACAGAGUAUAUACAUAAUGUAAGCACAAUAUAUGAAUACAUUAUUCAAAAACUGGUAAA